UCUCAAGAGCUUGUUUCUGAUCGGUCAAUAAACACUACCGGACCAGCAUGCUAACACGCACGAUGUCUGUGUCGUUUGGAAUACUGUACAUGGAAUUUGAAUAAAUGUACACGUUCCCCCUCAUAAACACACUCGUACUCAAACACUGUCAUGUUGUGAUUGUUAAACCACAGAGUAAGCAAUGGAGUUUGACAUUUUGGACUGUUUGGAGCAACUCGGCUAUGACGGUCCCCUGAAGAAGGAGGCUGCGUUGCUCCAAGCCGCGCAGGGUGGCCUGACGUCGGCUGAGUAUGUGGACUUGUGCCGGUGGUUGGUGUCCCGUUUGAAGCCACUCUGUGACCUGGAGGAGACCAUCGCUCCGGGUCCAGAGGACUUGGACAGCCUGGAGGUGAACAUAAGGGGCUUGCUGAAGGAGCUUUGCUGCCCGUAUGAAAUGUCCGUUAUACUGAAGGGAGACACUAAAGACCAUCUGAAGUUUGUCUUGUUUUUAAGCUCCGAACUUCAGGCGGCGCAGAUUGCCACCAGCAAACGAGGAGGCCUUUGGGGACAAAACGCGGGCAAAGCGUCUCUGGAGCUGCGGCAAAUCUGCCAGAUCGUGAACGUUCCGCUGCGUGAGGGACAGGAUGCUGCCGAUGUGCUCUCUCUAGUCCAAAAGAAGGUGGAUACACUUGUUGGAAAUUUUCCGAAUGGCGUAGUGGGAAAGCCCGCGUUGAAGAAAGCUCUCAGCAGUGAACAGUGGGAGAAGCUCCGCAGCAUGAACGCGCUCAUGUCGUCAGAGUACGAGUGCCGGCGCAGGAUGCUCAUCAAGCGGCUGGAUGUCACCAUUCAAUCGUUCGGCUGGUCCGACAGGGCCAAGGCGAGGGUGGACAGCAUGGCUCAGGCGUACCAGCCCAAGAGACACGCGUUGAGGGCCGAGGCCACGGUGGACGCCGCGGCCCUGCUGGCCGCCAGAGAGGACGUCUGCUACGUGGUCAAGACGAGCAGCGGCGCCAGCAGGGAGAACACCGCCUGCGCCGUCAACAAGAUCCAAAUGGGAAGAGUUCCCGACAGAGGGGGUGGAGGUGGGGGUGGUGGAUGGGGAGGGGGAAAAGGAGGAGGAGGAGGUUGGCGUGGUGGGAGGCACAACCACGGGGGGCACGGUGGAAAGCGCGGACGGUACCAGUAUUGAUUUGAUUUUUAUUCUUUCUCACGACUCGACAAAACUUUGCAAUAAAUUGAACAGAAAAAGCUCAGUCUGUCGUUGGCUAUGCAGCUGAACAGUCACUUCUUGUACAUCAACCUCAGUAACUUUCCAUGUUUUUAAUGAAUAUCGUAUUCCUUUUCUAAACUUGAAGUAAAAGGACACUCACUACCCCUCAAAUAGUGGGCACGCCAUUAUGCCAAGACGCCAUGCUCACCAAGCACGGCAUCCACUUGAGGUCCACUGCACACCGGGCGGUGAACAAAUUAGUCUGUGGCCCCCUGCACUUGCACACCAGGCAGCCCAAGUGACCCUGGCACAUAUUCUGAUUUGGAUACAAUUCCAAUAUUGUGUAACCAAUUUACAAAACGGAAAAACUGUGACCCCUGGUGUUCACAUUGAGAAAUGUUUUAUGGCGCAUCAUAUUUUAUUGAACCGCAAACUCCGCGGCUCGACCGUUAAAGAGAAAGUGGAUUGCUCCGGCAACUGUUGCUACCGUAUAUUUUAAUACAAAAACAAUGGUUAUGAAAUAAUGAAUUAAAUGUGGGUAUUUGAGAGUCUUUUGGCAAUGAUGGUUGACAGCGCUUGUUCUCUCGAUUAUCCCCCCCCAUUAAAUCAUCGGAUGGCUUUGCGGUUGACCUGUUUUAUUUGGUAGACUUUUUUGUUUUGUUUUUAAGCGUGUUGUCUAGAUCAGGGGUCACCAACGUAGUGCCCACAGGUACCAGGUAGCCCCCCCCAAGGACCACAAGUUGACCUGUUCUAAAAAAAUAACUGGACAUUGUGAUUUCCUCGGAAAUUUGUCGAAGUCUUCAUUUGAAAUUGUAAACAAUGGUAGAUGUGUAGAAAAAAAGUGUUCCAUGUGGUAUUUAUGUUUUCUAAAUAUUGUGAAAAAGCAUGUACAUGAUCAGUGUCUUCACAUAAAUGAAUAUCAUACCCGUCUGCUGUUGAGUGAAUAAUCACCGCCUGGCCACAAUUGCUGAACAUUUUCACAUGUUUAUUCGAGUCAGAUUUUUUUUUUAUGCUCUUAUUUAAACAUUUCAGAGGCACACCAUUUAGUUUGUGCAUCAUAUAUAGACUUUAUACAGUUUGUACAGUAAACACAAAUCUUACAUUGUGUACAUUAUCAA